AUGGCUGGCUGGACGCUGGCUGAGGGAGCUGGUCUGCAGCUGCCAGGAGACUACUCCAUCUCUGGGCUUUUCCCCCUCCACAACACAGCCUCAUCCAUGUCAGGUCUACCUGCUUUGGCAUCCUGUGAAGAAGGAUUGUCCAAUAAGCAUGGCUAUCACUUGAUACAAGCUAUGAGAUUAGCUGUAGAAGAAAUCAACAAUGGCACCAGAGACAAGUCUCUUCUCCCAGGGGUGACGCUGGGCUACCAAGCGUACGACAUCUGCUCCCUCCCUGCUAGUGUGCUGGCCACUCUGGACCUCCUGAGUCAACAGUACCAGAGAGGGGCUGGGACCGGGGUCAAGGGAGACCCAGGGUCCGUGGCUGUUAUUGGGCCUGACAGCAGCAGUUACACCUUUACCCCUGCUGCUCUCCUGGGGGCCUAUCUAGUACCACAGAUCUCUUAUGAGGCUUCCAACGAGAUGCUGAGCAACAAGUACCUCUACCCAUCCUUCUUCCGCACCAUCUCCAGUGAUAAGCACCAGGUGGCCGCCAUGCUCCAGCUGCUGGUGAGGUUCCAGUGGACCUGGAUAGCCCUGCUGGGCAGCGACAACGACUACGGCCUCCAGGGCAUGCGGAGCUUGUUUGAGCAGGCAGACCAGAGUGGUGUCUGCAUCGCCUACCAGGGAGUCAUCCCCAAACUCACCCAGGACAACUCCAACAUCAUGAACAAUAUAGUUCAGGGUAUACUGAAGACCAAAGUCAAUACAAUAGUUGUGUUCUCGAGUAAAAGAAUCGUCAGUGGGUUCUUCCCGUUUGUCAUACAGCAGAAUGUGACAGGUAAGGUGUGGAUAGGAACAGAGGACUGGUCAGUGGCCACCCUGGUGUCAGACAUACCUGGCAUUCAAACCAUUGGAACUGUCCUGGGGAUGUCUGUUAAAUAUGCAGCCAUACCUCAAUUGAAGGAGUUUGAGAGUCAGACUCUUGUUCCAACGCAGCAGAGUAAUACUUCAGGAUUUCCGAAUGGCACUAUGGACAUGCGUGUUGAAUGUCUACAACGCACAAACCUCUACAGCUUGGCCGCAAAUAACUUCCCUUUGGAAAAAUAUGACAUCACGUCGGCUUUUAAUGUGUAUACGGCGGUCUACGCUGUGGCUCAUGCUCUGCACCAGUGUCUUGGCUGUGACUCUGGAGAAUGCCAGAAUACUGAUGUACAACCAUGGCAGCUCCUGCCUUGGCUGAAGAAAGUGAGAUUCUCUGUGGAGAACAGCUCUGUGUACUUUGAUCAGAAUGGAGACCCACCCACAGGAUAUGACAUUGUGACCUGGAUUUGGAGGGGACCAGCUUGGUCUCUUCGAGUGGUGGGGUCUUACACCCCGGAUCCCACAGACCUGACUGUGAACGCAACUCAGAUUGAGUGGAUGAGCAGCUCGGGAACAGCUCCUCCAUCCAGAUGCUCCCCAGACUGCCCUGCAGGACACAUGAAGCUGCAGAAAGGACAACACAAAUGCUGCUUCGACUGCAUGCCCUGUCCAGCUGCCACCUUCCUUAAUAAGAGUGGACCCACCAUGUGCCAGCUGUGCCCACCCUUGCAGUGGGCUCCCCCAAAGAGUGAGAUGUGUCUCAACCGGACGCUGCUACUCCUGGCCUGGGACGCCCCUCACUCCAUCAUCCUGCUCGUCUUCCUGGCCCUGACCAUGCUCCUGACCCUGAGCUUUGGCCUCAUCUUCCUGCUGAACCUGGACACCCCCGUGGCCAAGUCUGCUGGAGGACGUACCUGUCUCCUGAUGCUGGCCGCCAUGACCUUAGCUGCCGCCAGCGCCCUCUGCCACUUCGGCCAUCCGUCUGGCCUGGCCUGCAUCCUCAAACAGCCUCUGUUCAUCCUCAGCUUCAGCAUCUGCAUGGCCUGUGUGACCGUGCGUGCCGUCCAGGUGGUCUGCAUCUUCAAGUUGGCCUCCAAGCUGCCCAGGGCCUAUGACACCUGGGCCAAGAACCGCGGGGCUGAGUUCACCAUCCUCCUGCUCACUGUCAUUGUUUUGCUCAUCUCUGUCCUGCGGGUGAGCCUAAAUCCUCCCUACCCCUCUCAGGACCUGGACUUCUACCCAGACAGCAUUGUCAUAGAGUGCAGUCAUACCAUGUCUCCAGGGGCUAUGACGGAGCUGGCUUAUCUCUCCCUGCUUAGCAUGAUCUGCUUCUCUUUCAGUUACAUGGGAAAGGAUCUGCCAGCCAAUUACAAUGAGGCCAAGUGUGUCACAUUCAGUCUCAUGGUCUACAUGAUCUCCUGGGUAUCCUUCUUCACUGUUUACUUUAUUAGCCGAGGGAAGUUUGCCAUGGCUAUGCAUGUCCUAGCCAUAGUGUCUAGUGUCCUUGGCUUACUAUUUGGGUACUUUAUGCCUAAGAUCUAUAUUAUUGUUCUGAGACCUCAGAUGAACACAACAGCUCAUUUUCAAAAUUGCAUUCAAAUGUACACCAUGAAUAAACAGUGA